GUCCUCGCCGGCCCUAGUCGCCGGCUUGUGCCGAACCCGUGGGACCGCAGUGGCACCGCCGCGCCUGCGCCCUGAGCAGAGUCAUGUCCGGUAACUGCGGCGCCGCCGUGCCCGCGGAAGAAAACAGCUCAAAGAUGAGAGUGAUUCGAGUGGGUACCCGUAAGAGCCAGCUGGCCCGCAUACAGACGGACAAUGUAGUGGCGAUGCUGAAAACCUUGUACCCAGGCCUUCAGUUUGAAAUCAUUGCCAUGUCUACCACAGGGGACAAGAUUCUUGACACUGCACUCUCCAAGAUUGGAGAGAAGAGUCUGUUUACUAAGGAGCUGGAAUAUGCCCUGGAGAGAAAUGAAGUGGACCUGGUUGUUCACUCCCUGAAGGAUGUACCUACCGUGCUACCUCCUGGCUUUACCAUUGGAGCCAUCUGCAAACGGGAAAACCCCUGUGAUGCUGUUGUCUUUCACCCAAAAUUUGUUGGGAAGACCCUAGAAACCUUGCCAGAGAGGAGCACAGUGGGAACCAGCUCCCUGAGGAGAGUGGCCCAGCUGCAGAAAAAGUUCCCACAUCUGGAGUUCAAGAGUAUUCGGGGAAACCUCAACACUCGGCUUAGGAAGCUAGAUGAGCUGCAGGAGUUCAGUGCUAUCGUCCUGGCUGUGGCUGGCCUACAGCGCCUGGGCUGGCAGAACCGGGUGGGACAGAUCUUGCACCCAGAGGAAUGCAUGUAUGCUGUAGGCCAGGGAGCCCUUGCGGUAGAAGUCCGAGCCAAGGACCAGUAUAUCUUGGAUUUAGUGGGUGUGUUGCAUGAUCCUGAGACUCUUCUCCGCUGCAUUGCUGAAAGGGCCUUCUUGAGGCACCUGGAAGGGGGCUGCAGUGUGCCAGUAGCAGUGCAUACAAUGAUGAAGGAUGGGCAACUGUACCUGACUGGGGGAGUCUGGAGUCUAGAUGGCUCAGAUAGCAUGCAAGAGACCAUGCAGGCUGCCAUCCAUUCUCCUCAGGAAGAUGAUGGCCCAGAGGAUGACCCACAGCUGGUAGGCAUCACUGCCCACAAUAUUCCACGUGGAGCCCAGCUAGCUGCUGAGAAUUUGGGCAUCAGCCUGGCCAGCUUAUUGCUGAACAAAGGGGCCAAGAACAUCUUGGAUGUUGCACGGCAACUUAAUGAUGCACACUAACUGGUCUGUGGGGCACAAGAACCCAAGUUGUCACUUUCCAGUGCCUGCAUCUGGCUCUCAGUGCCCUGUGCUCCCUAAUGGGGGAGACUGAACUGCAGGGUGUUGACUUCCAGACCUGCCUCACCUUGAGGCCUUGAUGACUGCCUUUCUUUAAUAGUUGGGGGCUUUAGAAAAAAGUCCAUGCCAAUCUUUGAAUGUAAACAGUGCUAUCAAUAAACCAGCUCUGAAUGUGGUUGUUUUGGAGGGGUUGGGGAAAAGAUGAAUAAAUCUGGGACUUAUGUU